UCAGCGUGUGAAAACGCAUUGGAAAGGAAGCUCGAUAUUCGACAUCCGACUACUCUUCGGUACGUUGCUAACAUGAAUCUUGGGCUGCCGUUUAGCUCUGGCUCUAACGCAUUAUCCCAGGUACCCCUGAGACUGACAGUGAUAAAAGAAGAGGAAUAUGGACCUAUGAGUACAUGCCAAGAUGACGAGGGAAGGCUCAUUUCAGAUCUUCACUGUAAAACUGAAACGGACUUCACAGAGUCACUUAGCACCAGUAACAGUGAAUUACUGCAGACGACAGUUGAAGUGAAGAAAGAAGAGGAUGAGCAAGAACUCCAAGACUGUGAUUCUCCUCAGGAAACCUCUCGUGUCUUCAGAUCUCCCUCAGGAACCCCAGCUGAGUCCAGAGUCGAUUCUUUGAGGCGCAGCCAGCGUCAAGCUCCUGUCCUGCCGUCUCAGGUUCCCAGAGCGGACUCAGACCAGGGUGGAAAGAGAGGCCGUGUGGAAACAGCAGAGAGACCAGGUGUGUCAAAGAGAGAGUGGUUGAAACGGCAGAAAGACCAGUUGAACAGCCACAAGCGUGGAGGCAGCCUGCGUAAAAGAUCUAGAGUGAGCUACGCAGAGGAAGAGGAGCCCAAAGAUGAAGAUCGCCUCUACUGUGAGGACUGUGAGUCUUUCUAUCUUGAUGAGUGUGGGGUCCAUGGUCCCCCUAACUUCAUCCCUGACAUCCCAGCUCCUGUAGGGGUCCCAGACCGGGCCAGACUCACCCUGCCACCCGGACUGGUGGUCAGAGAGUCCAACAUCCCAAACGCAGGUCUGGGGGUGUUCAACCAGGGCCAGACGGUGCCCAGAGGGGCACACUUUGGCCCCUAUGAGGGAGAGGUGACGGACAGGGACGAGGCCAUAGAGAGCGGAUACUCCUGGAUGAUAUACAAGAGCCGACAUGCAGAUGAGUACACCGACGCAAAGAGAGAAACUCACUCCAACUGGAUGAGGUAUGUGAACUGCGCUUGUGACGGUGAGGAGCAGAACCUGGUAGUGUUUCAGUACAGAGGGGGGAUUGUGUAUCGCUGCUGUAAGCCCAUUGCCCCUGGAGAGGAGCUGCUUGUCUGGUAUGCAGAGGACUACGCCAGAGACCUGGGCAUCAGCUUCCACUGCCUGUGGGACAUCAAGAGUAGCGCCAAAGGGGUAACAGCGUCUCAGGUGUUCUCAUGCACACUGUGUCCAAUUUCCUACACGGCUCAAAUCUACCUCCACAAUCACAUCAAGAGGAUCCACACGGUUGAGUACAUCAGACUGCUGAGGUCUGGAGCGAUCAGACCAGAGACUCUGACACCUUUCAGAAGCAGUGGUGGCAGCAACCGACACACACAAAAAAAAGUAACUGUGAAGUCCAGGUCAACAUCCAGCAAAGUCACACACCCCUCUUCAAAACCAGGAGGAGCGGAUGGAGAGAUCAGACCAGAGACUCUGGCACCUGCAUCCUCAUUGUCCUCUGAACUUUGUCCAGUGGUUGUGCUAAAACAACUCUGUACACACACAAAAUCACACACUCACACAGACACUCACACACUCUCACACAAACGCACACAACACACACGCACAGUCACACACCCCUCUUCAAAACAGGAAGGAGCAGAUGGAGAGAUCAGACCAGAAACUAUGGCACCUGCAUCCUCAUGGUCCUCCAAAUUGUGUCCAGUGGUUGUGCUAAAACGACUCUGUACACACACGCACUCACACACUCACACACAUCACACACGUACACUUACACACCCCUCUUCAAAACAGGAAGAAGUUGAUGACAACAGAAGUCACCACUACAUUCACACAGAAGAGAAGCCAUACCAGUGCACUCAGUGUGGCAAGAGUUUCAAGCGAAAGGAUCGUCUCAAACAACACCAGCGGAUUCAUACAGGACAGGGGCCAUACACCUGCACUCAGUGUGACAAGAGUUUCUCUUCAGGGGGUGCUCUCAAACUACACCGGAGGAUUCACACAGGAGAGAUGCCAUACACCUGCACUCAGUGUGGUAAGAGUUUCAUGCGAAAUGAUCGACUCAAACAACACCAGUGUAUUCAUACAGGAAAGAGGCCAUACACAUGCACUCAGUGUGGCAAGGGUUUUACUUCAGGGAGUUAUUUCAAACUACACCAGCGCUUACACACAGGAGAGAGGCCGUAUCACUGCACUGAGUGUGGCAAGACUUUCAGUGAAAGUGGUAGUCUCAAAACACAUAGCCGCAUUCACACUGGGGAGAAGCCGUAUCGGUGCACUGAAUGUGGCCAGAGUUUCACUAUAAGUAGUAGUCUCACAGUACACCAGAGGAUUCACACAGGAGAGAGGCCAUACAUCUGUACUCAGUGUGGCAAGACUUUCAUCCGAGAGGAACAUUUCAAACUACACCAGCGGGUUCAUACAGGAGAGAGGCCAUACACCUGCACUCAGUGUGGCAAAGGUUUCUCCCAAGUAACCCAUCUCAGACUACACCGGCGCAUUCACACAGGAGAGAAGCCGUACACCUGCACUCAGUGUGGCAAGAGUUUUAUUACAGGGAGUAGACUCAAAAUACACCAGCGUCUUCAUACAGGAGAAAAGCCGUACCACUGCACUCAAUGUGGCAAGAGUUUCAGUCGACAAAAUAAACUCCAACUACACAAGCGUAUUCAUACAGGGGAGAGGCCAUACCACUGCACUCAGUGUGGCAAGACUUUCACUGCAGGGGAAGAUCUCAAAAAACAUUGGCGCGUUCACACUGGGGAGAAGCCGUUUCACUGCACUGAGUGUGGCAAGAGUUUCAGUGAAAGGGGUGCUCUCAAACUACACCGGAGGCUUCACACAGGAGAGAAGCCAUACACCUGUACUCAGUGUGGCAAGACUUUCGUCCAAAAAGGAAAUCUCAGACUACACCAGCGCAUCCACACAGGAGAGAAGCCAUACACCUAGACUCAGUGUGGUAAAAGUUUCAUCCGGAAGGAACAUCUCAAACUACACCAGCGGAUUCAUACAGGGGAACGGCUUCAACCUAGAGGGAAACCUCAAAUGACACCCUCGCAUUCACACAGGAGAGAGGAUGUAGCGCUGCAUUAAAUGAGGCAAGAGGUUCCUUUGAGACACUCAAACUUCACCAGCUCAUUCACACUGGAGUGAGCCCAAUCCACUGUGCUCAUUGUACCAACGCUAAUCAAACUUCACCAGCUCAUUCACACCGGAGAGAGGCCAUUCCACUGUGCUCAUUGUACCAGCUUGCAUCGGAACAUUCUAUAUAUAUAUAUUUAUAUUUAUAUUUUUACCUUUAUUUAACCAGGAGAAAACCCAUUGAGAUUAAGAAUCUCUUUUUCAAGGGAGACCUGGCCAACACAGGCAGCAGCAGCAUACAGUACAUGCAAACAUAGUUACAGACAGAAACACAAAAGAAGACAACAUUUAGCAGUUAGUGUCGUAGCCAGGUACAUUAAAAACAUUUACAUCUUAAAGAGUCUGUCUCAAUUUUUUUCAUUUUGAGUUUAAAAGCAUUAAGCGAGAUGAAAUAAUUUAGUUUCAAAACCCUUUGCAAGAUAUUCUAUGCCGAGGGAGCAGAAUACACAAAAGCCCUCCUUCCUAUUUCCGUACAGGCAUUUGGGACAGUUAGCAUAAAACAGUCCUGCGAACGCAAAGAGUAGUUGCCGGCACUUUUCUGCUUGAUUAGGACACAUAGGUAGUAUGGGAGCAGACCAAGUAUUGCCUUAUAUAUAAAGG